AUGGACCGGAAUGAGCUCUCGCCCGGUUCGGAUGUUGCCACGACGAAGAAAGCGGCCCAUAAGAGCGCCGCGUACCACUGCACCGGGAACAGCACCGCCAAGAGUUGCCUGGAGUCCAACUCUGAUGCCGCCGGGUCGAACCUGAAACCCAAUCACGUCGCCAUGGAGGAGACGGACGACGCGGAGAAGGAAUCCAAGUUUCAGCAUCCGCGGCUGAGAAGAGCAGGAGGAGGGAGCAGCAUCCAGAUUAAGAGCUGCGCACCGGGAGGAGGAGGAGGAGGAGGCGCGUGCAGGAGCUCCACUUCCACUGACGCGCGCCCGGGUGAUGCUGAUGCUGCUGAUGCUGCUGCUGCGGGUCGCCACGACACCGUUAAGGGCGGAGGAGGAGAAGGCAAAGCGUCUACCGUAGUGGCCACCGUGACGGUAGAGGCUUGUAAUGCUGCCGAGGGUGACGGCAAUCCUUCAGCACCGCUUUCCAGCAUGAAAUGCAACAAGAACGGGGAGUGCAGGCGGGACUCCGGCACCGGGAGCCUCCGGUCCAUCAUGUCCAAGCCGGACGGGAGCAAGCGGGCAGCGUGCAAUUCAAUGACCAGCGUGGACGCGGCCAGCACGCAGGGGCAAGACGCCUCGAACCCCGGGGUCCCGGAGAAGAAGGAUUCCAGAGUGUCCUUUUCCAACGCCUCCAGUAGGAAAGCCUCGUCCUCCAUCCACGGCGGGCAGCAGCCCCGGAACUCGGUGACCUUCCUCAAAUCCGAGGAUGGAGCUCAGGAGGACGGCGAGACGCGGGGCAGCCAGGCGAGCUUCAUGCAGCGGCAGUUCAGCAGCAUGUUGCAGCCCGGGGUCAAUAAAUUCUCCCUGCGCAUGUACGGGAGCCAGAAGGCGGUGGAGAAGGAGCAGGAGCGCGUGAAAUCGGCGGGCAACUGGAUCAUUCACCCCUACAGCGACUUCAGGUUCUACUGGGAUUUCACCAUGCUUCUCUUCAUGGUGGGCAACCUGAUCAUUAUUCCUGUCGGCAUCACCUUCUUCAAAGAUGAGACGACCACGCCGUGGAUCAUCUUCAAUGUGAUCUCCGACACCUUCUUCCUCAUGGACCUGGUGCUCAACUUCCGCACGGGCAUCAUUAUCGAGGACAAUUCCGACAUCAUCCUGGACCCCAAGACCAUCAAGAAGAAGUACCUGAAGACCUGGUUUAUUGUGGACUUUGUCUCGUCCAUUCCGGUGGAUUAUAUCUUCCUGAUCGUGGAGAAGGGCAUAGACUCGGAGGUGUAUAAGACGGCGCGAGCCCUGAGGAUUGUGCGUUUCACUAAAAUCCUGAGUUUGCUGAGGCUGCUGCGUCUCUCCCGGCUUAUCCGCUACAUUCACCAGUGGGAAGAGAUCUUCCAUAUGACGUAUGACAUGGCGAGCGCAGUGAUGCGGAUUUUUAACCUGAUAGCAAUGAUGCUGUUGCUGUGCCACUGGGACGGGUGCCUGCAGUUUCUGGUGCCCAUGCUGCAAGACUUCCCCUCCGACUGCUGGGUCUCCCUCAACAAGAUGGUGAACGACACGUGGAGUGAGCUUCAUCAGCUUUCAGUGCCGCAGACUGACACCAAACCGUAUCUCUCGGGUUUCACUGAGCUUUCCUUACCGCCCGCUACUGCUCUGAACAGCCUGAGGAAACAGUACAAACAAGUGGAGCAGUACAUGUCCUUCCACAAACUUCCAGCAGAUUUCCGACAGAAAAUCCACGAUUACUAUGAGCACCGUUACCAGGGUAAGAUGUUUGAUGAAGAAAGCAUCCUAGAGGAGCUGAACGAGCCGCUCAGAGAGGAAAUCGUGAACUUCAACUGUCGUAAGCUGGUGGCCUCCAUGCCCCUGUUCGCCAACGCCGAACCCAACUUUGUGACAGCCAUGCUGACGAAGCUCCGUUUCGAGGUCUUCCAACCAGGCGACUACAUCGUCCGUGAGGGAACCAUCGGCAAGAAGAUGUACUUCAUCCAGCACGGCGUGGUGAACGUGAUUACCAAAGGAACGGUUGGCAUGAAACUUUCCGACGGCUCCUACUUCGGAGAGAUCUGUCUGCUGACGCGAGGCCGUCGGACGGCGAGUGUGCGAGCGGAGACCUACUGUCGCCUGUAUUCGCUCUCCGUGGACAAUUUUAAUGAGGUUUUGGAGGAGUAUCCCAUGAUGAGGAGGGCCUUUGAGACCGUGGCCAUUGACCGACUGGACCGCUUGGGAAAAAAGAAUUCCAUCCUAAUGAACAAAGUGCAGCACGACUUAAACUCCGGCACCUUAAACAACCACGAGAACGAGAUGAUCCAAGAGAUCGUGAAGUACGACCGCGAGAUGGUGAAGCUGAUUGACCUGCAGCGCCCGCGCUCCAUGUCCAUGACACCCUCAAUCCCUGGCGGGUUCUUUGCUCCGCCUGGCCGGCCUCAGGGCGGCAGCUCUGCCAUCGCUUCUCUACAGCAGGCGGUGGCGAUGAGCUUCUGUCCCCAGUUCGGUCCGAUGGUGGGUCCCAGCACCAUGCAGUCACCCCGGAUGGUCCGACGGUUCCAGGUAGUGCAAAACCUUGCUAGCCCGGUGAUGGUUUCUCCACAGCAGUCUCAGUCGGCGCUUGCCGCGCUCGCUGGUUUUACUAUAGCCAGUCCGCCGGUUCAAAGCCCGCUAGCGGCAGCGGGCGGACGAACUUUCCAGUACGGGUGUGGACCGAUGGGCACGCGCUCCGGAUCGCAGCUGUCCCUCAUCCAACAGCACCUCCCCAGUCCCACACGGCCCAAAGGAACCCAACCAUUGCAACAAACAGGGAGCCUGACACAGGAUGCCAGAGCCCUGUCGGCUUCCCAACCCUCCCUGCCACAAGAUGGCGCUCCACCCGUCGCACCCAGUCCGCCACCGUCGACACGCGUCUCCUCGAUGUCGAUCGGCCCACCUCAAGCACCCCAUCCUGCCAUCCCGGGGCCUUCCGGGGUCCGGAGCGCAGUGACUCAGAGAAUGGCGCUCCCCCACCAAGCGUCCGCGGCCGCGGUUGGGAAUUACCCGUCCACGCCGCCCCCUACAGGCACUCCGCCCGCCGUAGUGGGACCGGACUCGGUUAUACGCAAGAAAGAUUCCAUAGUCAGCCUUCCCGAGACGGACUUCACAGCCAGAUCCCGGCUAUCGUCCAACCUCUGACGAGAACUCUGAGACUCUUUGCGAUACUUUUUGUGAGUCACAGUUCGUUCUUUUUGCUCGAGUCCCGCGCUUGAAGGGUGGCUUUUCAUAGGAACCAAAGGGAGGGCGUUCAGACAGACUUAAGGUGUGGUCACAUUUACCUAAAUUUUGUUGGCGAAAGUCAUUCCAAUAGGAAUCCUCGCAGUCACGAGUUUCACGUUGGCAAAUAUAGCUAAUGUGACCUCACCUUUACCGCUAAUAGAUUUAACAUCUCCGCUACGAAUAGAUUCACGAGGUCGGAUGCCUCUCUAGUGCUGCCCCUGUACAGCUUCUGAUGCCUCUUAAUAUAUUUGUCUUUAUUGUCCCAAGUGAAAUGGAGAAAUCCUGUUGUGUGUUACGUGGUUUUUUCCGUAGAGUUCAUACAAUGCAAUCGGGCGACUAGAAAAUCAGGGACUUGCAAGAGAUGACAAUGAUGAGAUUUGACGCUUUGCAAAAGUGUUUUGGAACAUCUCCAUUCUUUCUGUAUAAGCUCUACUUGUAGCAAUCUAAUUACCUGUGUUUCAUUUUGUUGUAAAAUAUCGAUAAAAAAGUAUUAUGGACCGCUGGUCGAUCUUAUAUCUUAAUGUAAAUAAGGAGGUAAAAAGGAGGAAAAAAAAAAGUUCUAAUAGAAAACACACAAAUUGUAUUUACUCGAAAACCAAAGUUGAGCUUGAACACAAGUUUUGGUUGUGUCUGUGUCAACUGAGAAGAACAAGUCAAACGAAAUCCUCUAUUUAACUGCCUUGAUUCUGAGUUUAGAAGCCAUAUACAUGGUCUGUGUGUGCGUGCGUGUGAAUUUGUGCACAUAUGCUUAUUACUCGUUUAAUUUAUAAAACUGUUUUAACGAACGGGAGUGUAAUGCUUGCAUUUUUACGCCGUUUCGUCAGGCGUGUCGAUAAAGGCAAUACUUCACUGCAUCGGGGUUGCACUGAGAGUUGAGACUUGAAUGCAACGGGUCGUUUAAAUUAGCAGGCAAACCAAAAUAAUCAUGCUGUUUUUUGUGAUCCAUGUUGAUCUGCACAUGCAAUAUAAUUCUGCAAUAUUCUCGCCCUGCCUUUUAUACGAAAGCUUCAUAUCGCAGCAUAAGCAAUUUAAUCAGCAUU